AGCAAUCACUCGCUCUCACAAACCCUCCUUCCUCCCUUCCUUCCUCCUCUCUCCGUUACAGUCGGUCGCUUUUUCCCCUGAAAUCGAUCGGAGAAUUCCUUCGCCGCCGUGCCCAAUUCUCCGGCCCCGAUAGGGUUCCGGAUCCCUCCGGCGGAGCCCCCGCCGAUCCUGCUGCUCUCCGGCAAGCCUUCUCUCUCCUCCCCUCCCUCGGAGCCAUGUCGCUGCGACCUAGCGCGAGGACGGAGGUCCGCCGGAACCGGUACAAGGUGGCGGUGGACGCGGACGAGGGGCGGCGGCGGCGGGAGGACAACCUGGUGGAGAUCCGGAAGAGCCGCCGGGAGGAGAGCCUGCUGAAGAAGCGGCGCGAGGGGCUGCAGGCGCAGCAGGCGCCUCCCUCGCUUCACUCGUCCGCCGUCGAAAAGAAGUUGGAAAAUCUACCUUCCAUGGUUGCUGGUGUAUGGAGCAAUGAUAAACCUAUGCAACUUGAAGCAACAACUCAAUUUAGAAAGCUACUUUCAAUAGAGCGGAGCCCGCCCAUUGAGGAGGUAAUUCAAUCGGGUGUUGUUCCACGCUUUGUCGAGUUUCUUAUGAGGGAAGACUUCCCUCAACUUCAGUUUGAAGCAGCUUGGGCACUGACCAACAUUGCUUCCGGUACAUCUGAGAAUACCAAGGUGGUAAUUGACCAUGGAGCUGUUCCUAUAUUCGUGAAACUUCUUGGUUCUCCCAGUGAUGAUGUGCGUGAGCAGGCUGUUUGGGCUCUAGGAAACGUUGCUGGUGAUUCUCCCAAAUGCCGUGACCUUGUACUUUCAAGCGGUGCUUUGAUUCCGUUGCUGGCACAAUUGAAUGAGCACGCGAAGCUUUCUAUGCUUAGAAAUGCCACCUGGACGCUUUCGAACUUCUGUAGAGGGAAGCCACAGCCACCUUUUGAGCAGGUUAAGCCUGCACUUCCAGCCCUUGCACAUCUUAUCCAUUCGACUGAUGAAGAGGUCUUGACGGAUGCUUGUUGGGCUCUAUCAUACCUUUCUGAUGGCACAAAUGAUAAAAUUCAAGCUGUGAUUGAAGCUGGUGUAUGUCCUCGUCUUGUGGAACUACUGCUUCACCCAUCUCCAUCUGUGUUGAUUCCUGCCCUUCGCACUGUUGGAAAUAUCGUCACUGGAGAUGAUUUGCAAACCCAGUGUGUCAUCGAUCAUCAAUCGCUCCCCUGCCUUCUGAACCUGUUGACUGGUAAUUAUAAGAAGAGCAUCAAGAAGGAAGCUUGCUGGACCAUCUCGAAUAUUACAGCUGGUAACAAGGAACAGAUACAGGCUGUCAUUGAGGCUAAUAUCAUUGCUCCAAUGGUACAACUACUUCAAAAUGCUGAAUUCGAUAUAAAGAAGGAGGCUGCAUGGGCAAUCUCAAAUGCCACAUCUGGUGGUUCUCAUGAACAAAUCAAGUUCCUAGUAAGUCAAGGAUGUAUCAAGCCCUUAUGUGAUCUUCUCGUCUGCCCUGAUCCGAGGAUUGUGACAGUUUGUCUAGAGGGUUUGGAGAAUAUCUUGAAGGUAGGAGAAGCUGAGAAAAACCUUGGCAACACUGGUGAUGUAAAUGUCUAUGCUCAGACGGUCGAAGAUGUGGAGGGUUUGGAGAAAAUCGAGAGCUUACAGUCCCAUGACAACAAUGAGAUAUAUGAGAAGGCGGUAAAGAUUCUUGAAGCAUACUGGUUGGAAGAAGACGACGACACAAUGCCGCCAGGUGAUGCCUCUCAACCGGAUAUGCAAUUCGGAGGGAACGAUCUGCCUCCCAUGCCAUCUGGUGGAUAUAAGUUCGGUUAGAGGAUUAAAGUUGGGUUCUGGUCGGGUCACGCGUCGAGUCUGGGUCAUGGUCGAGUCGAGUCUGGGUCGUCGGUUGAGUCGAGUCUCAGGGACAAGAUCAAGGGGGUGCUUGAAUUAGCCUUGGGUUCCGAGUCUCUGGAAGCGGGUGAGAGAAGUUGGACAUUGUGCUCAUCGUUGAAUGGUUCUUUUCGGAUAUAGUCACUCGUGAGAUUCUUGGGGGCAGCAAGUAUCCCUGACAAAGCGUCGUCAUACAUAAAGCGCCACUGGAGUGCCUGUUUUUGUGGCCAUCACAGGAAAGGUUUCAAUGUCAUAUAUAUGCUUAGGGUCUUCCAUCUAUCUAGUCAUUGUGCUAUAUAUGUCGAUAUCCUUUUGCGUUCUGUCGGAGCAAUGAGUUCCUUGAUUCAUUUUCCUUUGUGUAAGAUUUGUUUCGGUCGGGUCUUAAUUAGCAACUCGAGGUUGCCUUGCAAUAUUUCUUCAUGCGGGUUCUCAAUGUCAUUAUAUCGAUGCAUAGUGUUUUUUUAUCAAAA